AUGCUUAAUGAGGGAGAUUUCUUUUAUUGUAAUGUGUCAUUAGCAAUGCCGCCUAUGCACAUUUUGACCACUGAAAAUGCAAACGCAGUGGAAAAUGUCCUAAUAAGCGGAAACUGGACGCGAGCGCUGAGCGAAAGUCGUAGUUUUCUAACACCAUGCAUCAUGCAGCUUCGACAAGACGUAAACUCAAGUUCUCUACGAAUGACAGAGGAAGUAGAAAGAGUCCUGUCGGUGUAUCUUCAAGCAGUAUUUGAAUUGGAUCUUGAUGAUGAAGUGGAGACGGCGACGGCUAUCGUCAAAGCUUUGUCACCUCUACCAGAUGAUUUCGUUAUUAAAUGGAGCAGCUUCUUAGUGGCUAUGAAUCGUCGAAUGAUGGCAAGACAAUGUUUAGAAAACCUAUUGAUAUCACAAGCUGUAGACGGAGCCACGACCUUAAACGUCAAACAUUACAUCAAGGCUGUAGAGAUUCUGGUGCUGUAUUUGCUACUGCCUGACGACGGAUUGGAGGCUGCUCAAAACUUCGUUUCUGGAAAUAAUAUACUGGAAGAUGGUGAUAAGAUGCAACUAUUACGUCAGAUUCAAGCAGCACAUACGGCCACCCAAGAGGCUAAAAUAAAUUCUGCAUCCGACCAAACAGCGAGUGAUGAUCCAGCGCACAAACUUCAAUCCUCCGUUACGAAAGAAGCUAAGGGCUUGCAACACCAUAACUUGAAGCAAGAAACAACUUUAAACUCGUAUGUCAUGAUUGGAGGAGCAGCCAUUGCACUGACUGUUGCGGCUAUAGGUGCUUUGCGAUAUCGAAAAAAAAUGCAUCAGGUUGCUUCCAACGCAGUUUCUGUCAUUACGAAAGGACUUGCAGAUGCAAAGUAUUCGUUGUUUGAUGCAUAA